GUCACCUACUCCUGCUUCCUGUUCGGAGCUCGUGAGUCAUCUUACGCUUCAUCGGCUCCCACCUUUUCUUCUGUCUUAGUGGCUUUUCCUCCAUGGUCCCUGCUGUGAAGGCGAUGGCUCAGUUUCGUUUGGCCCUCAUCCAGCUUCGUGUAUCUUCUGUCAAGUCAGAUAAUCUGAGUCGAGCCUGUGACUUUAUCAAAGAGGCAGCAAACCAAGGAGCCAAAAUUAUAUCUCUUCCCGAAUGCUUUAAUUCUCCCUAUGGCACAAACUUCUUUCCUGAAUAUGCAGAGACAAUCCCCGGUGAAACCACAGAACAGCUUUCUAUGUUAGCCAAGGAAUGCCAAGUUUAUCUCAUUGGAGGUUCCAUUCCCGAAAAGGAUGAUGGGAAAUUUUACAACACCUGUACUGUGUAUGGUCCUGAUGGAAGUCUACUGACAAAGCAUAGAAAGAUUCACUUGUUCGACGUUGAUGUUCCUGGAAGGAUUCGAUUCCAAGAAUCAGAAACAUUGAGCGCUGGUGACAGUUUCUCCAUUUUUGAAACCCCUUACUGCAAAGUGGGUGUGGGGAUCUGCUAUGACAUGCGCUUUGCUGAACUUGCACAAGUCUACUCUCAAAGAGGUUGCCAGCUGCUGGUGUAUCCUGGUGCUUUUAAUAUGACCACUGGACCAGCACAUUGGGAGCUGCUUCAGCGGGGCCGUGCUGUUGACAACCAGGUGUUUGUGGCCACCACCUCCCCUGCCAGGGAUACAAAUGCUCCCUAUGUUGCCUGGGGACACAGCACGGUGGUGAGUCCUUGGGGAGAAGUCGUGGCCCAGGCUGGCAUCGAGGAAACCAUCGUUUAUGCAAACAUAGACCUGAAGAAAUUGGUGGAAAUACGCCAGCAGAUUCCUGUUCUCAGCCAGAAGAGGGGAGACCUCUAUGCGGUGGAGUGGAAAAAGCCCUGAGGGACGAGGGUUGCUGAGGAGUAUGAGGAGGGAGGAUGGGUUGUGUCUGGAUCUUUGGAUUCUUAUCUGGAUCUCUCUAUAUUUUAAUAAAUUUUUAAACUUUUUUAGCAGUCAAGGGUAAAGAAACUAAUGAGAUGAUAAACCAACCCAGGUUCUGCAGAACAUUUUUAUGUAGGUAGGCUUAGCCACUGGCUUGUAAUGGAAGGAAAAGCAAUACUAAGCUGCACUAGUGGAUGAGAAUAGAAAAGAUCUUGCUUUGCAGAUAUGCUGACCAGUCAGAAUAGUGAGCAGAUUGGCUGGGAGCAAAGUUCACAUCCAACCAAGGUGCCCGUGGGCACGGAAAUGACCGCUCCAUCUUGUGGAGGGGAAUGCCAGGGCCAGAUAACCAUUUUGUUAUAUUGCUUUUCCCCAGAAGUGCCUAACAUUUCAGGCCUGGCCAAUGUAGUGAAUUGCUUUAUUUUGUUGAAAGGGAGAGCUUCUAUUUAUCCUGUGGUCCUGGGGGGCCUGGGUGUCAGCCUUGCUGCCUAGAGAUGGAAAAAAAAAAGGGCAUCACUAAUGAAUACAUUGGAAACACAAAUUAGAGGGAAAGAGUGGUUUUGUGGUGGAUUAAAUUUAAUGUUCUUUUUUUCAAACAAUCAACCUAGAUUUAUAGUUUCUUCUGCCUUUGUAUUUAAGUACAUAAUAAAAAAGAAAAUUUAAAAGAUGCCCAACA